CCGAGAUUGGCCAGACUUUAACUGGAUGACAGAAUGACAACGGGACCAGUUGUGGAUACACGUCGAGGGAAGCGUACUUACUGUAUGACAACUACUCUGUGAAGGCUGCAAGUCGCAUCACAUUUUUAGUUAUACAUGAGAAUGUCACAAAAAGAUUACUUUGUGUAAAGCUAUUCAGCCACUGUGGUUUAUUAUUAUUUAGGGCGUCAGUUAGCGGCUGUUGAAAUCGAUAAACAGGUCGUUAUUUAGUUGUCCCAUAGAGUCAAAUAUGACUGUUCUUUUCUGGAACCAACUUCAAGCCGGGAGCUCCGAAGUGGACUGGUGUGAGGGGAAUUAUCUUAUCUAUCCUGGAAUAGCUGAGUUCUACAACACGAUUAGCAACAUUCUGUUCUUCAUUUUGCCUCCGAUUUUGAUGUGUCUUUUCCGCCAAUACGCCACACAUUUCAACAGUGGGAUUUAUCUUAUAUGGACAUUGCUGGUUGUGGUGGGAAUUGGCUCCACAUACUUCCAUGCCACGUUGAGCUUCCUCGGGCAGAUGUUGGAUGAACUCGCCAUUCUCUGGGUGCUUAUGUGUGCCAUCGGAAUGUGGUUUCCCAAGAGAUACCUGCCCAGGAUAUUCCGCCGGGACAGGUCGAGGUUCAAACUGGUCGUGGGCAUUCUCUCAGGGAUAACCACUGCCCUGGCGUUCGUUAAACCAGCCAUCAACUCCAUUUCGCUCAUGACUCUGGGCAUUCCGUGCACCGCCCUGCUCAUCACAGAGCUUAAAAGAUGUGAGAACCUGCGGGUUUUUAAACUGGGUCUCCUCUCCGGUCUGUGGUGGACACUGGCCCUGGUGUGCUGGAUCAGCGACCGAAUUUUCUGCGAGAUGUGGUCGUCCGUCAAUUUUCCCUACCUACACUGCGCGUGGCAUAUUCUCAUCUGUCUCGCCUCCUACUUGGGCUGCGUGUGCUUCGCGUACUUUGACGCCGCGUCCGAGGCUCCGGAACAAGGACCCGUGGUCAAAUUCUGGCCCAGUGAAAAGUGGGCCUUCAUCGGGGUUCCCUACGUCACCCUUCUCUGCGUCCAUAAGAAGUCCUCCGUCAAAGUCACGUAACCCGUCUUGGCCGCCCGUUCUCCCCGCAGCAUCAAUGCACUUUCCUCUGGUCUCUUUCGCGAGACAGAGGAGAACUCAUGUCGUCUCACACAGAUCUCUAUUUUUUUCAGAAGUAUUACGAUGUCACGAACUGCUCUCGAGCGUUUCCUGUAAGCAAGCGGCGUAAGACGAGACCAAAUGCAACGGAACGUUUUAGAUUUAUACGGAUCAUAUUUUUUACAGCAUUAUGUAUAUCCCCGCGCCACAUUUUAGAGGACAAGAAAAGGCUACAUACGUGGACAAACGUAAUGAUCUUGUUUAUUUCAAUAACCUUUAAGGACUGUCGUGGCCCAUAUGACCUCAUGCUCCUGUAACUUUUUCAAAGGACGUAAGAGUAAGUAUUUUGGAGGAUGCAAGAGGGCUAUAGAGAGCUCACACAAAACCUAUGCAGAGCUCAGUAAGUAUUUUUCAUGUAGUGGUAGUUGUAGUUCAUUAGCAAUUGUAGUAGUUAGCAUUUGAUAAGGGUUUCAGUUUUUGACAGGCAAAACAUGAAGCAUGAAUGCCUUCAAUGUUCAGGUAAUUUGUAUUAUACUUUUUGCCAGACUAUAGAUUACCCCUUUUAUCUCAUACCAUUUAAACAAAUGAACUGGACAGUUUUUCGCUUGGACAGACAUAGCCGAACAAAAUUGCAAAACAAGUUUUAACUGGUACCUCAGUUUUCAGCUGUCAGUUGUUCUGGAAGUAUGCUGUGUGUUUUGGCAGUAUUAGCAUGGGUUUAGUUCCUACUGCCAAAAUAGUUCUGACCAUUUCGAAAAUAUGUUUACUGCCUUCUCGCCUUAGCCAAACAGACUUCAUCUGGUAACUGCAAGCUAACCGUCCUUCAACUCUCAUAACAAUAAACCAUAAAACGAAGCCUGUUAGUCAAAGAUAGGCACAUGAACUGUCUCGCCCUCACCAAAAAACACUUAGUGGGUCUUGGCUUUUUUCCACACUGAAUUGUACAUGGAUUGUAUAAUGAUAUUAUACUGUGUUUAAGAAAUCGAAUGCCAUUCAGUCGGUUAAAUCUGAGUGUUUUAUUUGUUGUACUUUGAGCCAUUUGUACUGCUGUGAAAACAAAUGUUUUGCUACUUAAAGGAAAAUGUGCUUUGCUUUUGGUAUGAGCAUGCAUGGUUUUGGACAUUGCAUGGUAAACUGGAAUAUAUUUCCUGAGUCUUUCCACAGUAUCGCCAGAUAGUAAUUUUCUCUGUUUGGGGUUGUUGGCGGAAAGAACCAGAACAAUUUGCUGGACCGUACUCGCAGGGAAAGUCAUUUUGUUGUGCGGAGGUGCUUUGUAAUUGUCUGUAGUAAAACAAACCAGAUAUCCUGCAUUACCACUCCCAAAUGAUUUGUUGAAAGAAUGUUGAAAUGCAUGAAUCGACAGACUAAAGUAAAGUAAUAUGGUAGACGUCAAUUUUUAGGACAGUUGUGAAAUAGGUGUCAGAGAUUUUAUUUCAUUAAAACCAUCUGGGAACUUCCCGUACCUGUAUCCAUUAGAAGCACAUUGUUAGUUACCGGUGAUAAAGACGAAAGGUAGUCCUUGGUGGCCAACAUCUCUUCAAUAACGUUCCCCUUUAGAGAAGGACAUAAUUGUUGUCCAAAGUUCCAUAGCUUCAGCUUUGUAAUUAGAGGUCUGGAAUUUUAAGUUCAUAGUUGAGCUAUGUCUAUCAGCUGCCCAACUGAAACUUCAACCACAACACUUUUACUAAUGCAGUCCACUCAGGUCUGUUCCCACAGGGAAGGGUUAGCUGUUUUAGAUUAAUCCAACUGAGCCAUCAGUUCGAGCCACUGCUCUUGGUGGAAAUCUGUUGAGUCUCUGGAGUCCGUAGAUGACACAGAGACCAUUUACACAAAGACUAUUUAUUUUCAUAUUUGUUACCAGUUCGUACAUUUUUGUAAGCGUUAAUAAUGAAUGACUGUCUUGAAAAAGAAAAAAAAACAUUUCACAUGGCUGUAUUUUUA